AUGUCUCAAGAGAGUUUGAAUGAUUUGAUAGCUGCUGGUAAAGAACUAGGUUAUGUAGGAGAAGAUUUACAAAAGUAUGUUAGUGAACAGCAGACACUACAGCGGGAAGAGAGAGCAGCAGCCAGGCAGAUCGAGAAAGAAGAACGCGACUUCAAGUUAGAAAUGGAACGUAUGGUUCAGGAACUCAAAUUUAAGGAAAUGUCGGACAAUCUCGAACUAAGUAGGGCAGAAAUACGAAAUCAGGAAAGAGUGAGUGAUGGUUCAUUCAAGCCUGGUAUGCCCAAAAUCCCUCCAUUUGACGAGACAAAGGAUGAAAUAGAUAGCUUCUUACGGCGAUUCGAACGGUAUGCAUUGACUAUGAAAUGGGACAAAUCUAUGUGGGCAACUCCUUUGAGUGCUUUGUUGAAGGGCAGAGCUUUAGAUGUAUUUUCUUUAAUGCCCGUUCGUCAAGCAAGUGAUUAUGAUGGUCUCAAAGCGGCAUUGUUACGGAGAUAUGAUAUGACAGAGGAUGGGUUCAAACGAAAGUUUCGUGCAUGUCGCCCUGAGAUUGGUGAAAGCUUCUCUCAGUUCUCAGUAAGAUUAGCUUCAUAUUUAACACGCUGGAUAGAAAUGUCAAAAAUUUCUGAAACGUUUGAGGAUCUUUUUGAUUUGAUACUUAGAGAUCAGAUUUUGCAUGUUUGUAAUUAUGACUUGUUGGUGUUUCUAAAGCAGAAUGUUCCUCGGACAGCAGAAGAACUUUGUAGGCUCGCUGAUCAAUUUAAGGAAGCACGAAAUACAUCUGCUACAAAUUUGUGCUCAAAGGUAAUCAAGAAACCUAGUGAGGAAGGUAAGCCUAAGACACAUGAGAAGUCUAAGGAAGUUCAUAAACAGCCCCAAGCACAAAAAGAAAAGUCUAAGUAUGUCCCCUUCACAGAGAGGAAAUGUUACUUAUGUAACAAACAAGGUCAUAUUGCAUCACAAUGUCAUAGAUCUCGUGAAAAAGGUAAGAUGUCCAGUACAGUAGUUUCGGGUGCUGAUGAUUCGUCGAGAUACACUCCAGAACAUUGUAGCGCACUAAUUGUCAGUCAAAAUGCGUCGUCUUUGUACUCCCAGGUAAGUGACAAGAGCACAAUUUUAUCAUCUGCAUGCCACACGACUCAGAAGCCCAUGCCACUUUCAGCUGGCUAUGUUGAUGGCCAACCAGUGACCUUGUUGCGAGAUUCAGGGUGUCGAAAUAUUGUUGUCAGGAGAAGUUUAGUAAAAGAGGAGAAAUUAACAGGCAAGUAUGAAACUUGUAUUUUGGCGGAUAGUACGAAGAGAACAGUUCCGGUUGCAAAGGUUCAUAUUGAUACUCCCUACGUAACAGGUGAAUUCGAAGUAUGGUGUAUGGACAACCCAGUAUUUGAUUUGAUUAUAGGGGAGGUAAGCAAUGCUAGAAAACCUCAUGAACCAAAUCCCGAGUGGAAGCCAAAGAGUUUGCUAGUAGUUGAGACUCGACAACAACUCAAGGAUAAGAAGAAACCAUACAAACCUCUUAAGGUUCCAGAUAUUGUCAAAGAGGACAUAAAGCCUGAUGACCUGAAGUGCGAACAGCAGAAAGACGCAACUCUCGAAAAAGCACGAAAGUAUGCCCAAGAGGGUAGGACGUCAUGCGAAGGGAAGGUAAGGUGGUUUACAAAUAGAGGCUUAUUAUAUCGGGAGUAUAAGUCAUCCGAGAAAGACGGAGGGAAGACGUUUUCUCAACUAAUUGUCCCUUCAAAGUACCGAGAUACGGUCAUGAAGUUAGCACACGAAUCAAUCAUGUCAGGGCAUCUAGCUGUCAGCAGGACAACAGCCAGAAUUCAGUCAGAGUUCUACUGGCCAGGUAUCAAUUCAGAUAUUAGACGAUUUGUACAGUCCUGUGAUGUGUGUCAGAGAACGAUAUCAAAAGGUAAAGUCAGCAAAGUCCCUUUAGACAAGAUGCCAUUGAUAGAUGAGCCAUUCAAGAGGGUAGCUGUAGACAUUGUUGGCCCAUUACAUCCUCCAACGGACAAAGGUAAUCGUUUCAUACUAACACUAGUCGAUUAUGCCACAAGAUAUCCAGAAGCGAUUGCUUUGUCAGGAAUAGAUACGGAGCGUGUAGCUGAGGCUUUAUUGGAAAUGUUCUCCCGUAUUGGAAUUCCACAGGAGAUACUCACUGAUAUGGGUAGCCAAUUCACAUCAGGUCUAAUGAUGGAAGUUAGUAGGCUCAUUUCGAUGAAGCAACUUACAACUACGCCCUACCACCCGAUGUGCAAUGGUCUCGUAGAACGUUUUAAUGGCACACUUAAACAGAUGCUGAAGAGAAUGUGUUCGGAGCGACCAAAGGAUUGGGACAAAUAUUUACCCGCCAUUCUUUUCGCCUAUCGUGAGGUACCACAGGAAAGUUUGGGUUUCUCGCCAUUUGAGUUAGUUUAUGGUCGUACAAUUAGAGGACCCAUGGCAAUCUUGAAAGAACUCUGGACAAACGAUAUAAAGGAUCAAGAGGUAAAAUCUACUUAUCAGUACGUGUUUGAUCUCAGAGAUCGACUGGAGUCAACCUGUGAGUUAGCACAUCAGAAUCUUGAAAGGGCGUCAAGGAGACACAAGACAUAUUUUGACAAGAAAGCUAGAAUUUGCAAUAUGAAGCCAGGUGAGAGAGCUUUGGUACUUCUUCCAACAGAGAGUAAUAAGCUUCUUAUGCAAUGGAAAGGUCCGUACAAAAUAGUGAAAAAAGUGGGAAAUGUAGAUUACAUGUUGGAUGUGAAUGGAACUGUAAAGACUUACCAUGCAAAUUUGCUUAAGAAGUAUGUAGAUCGUGUAGAGCCAGAGGUAAGUUUUCUUAUGUCCAUUGUGACCUCAGAAGAAACUGACAAUUCAGAUUCCGAAGAUGAUCAGGAAGUAUAUGUUGAGGUAAGCAAUAGUGUAGAGAGUUACAAGGAUGUAGAUAUCAACAAUGAUCUUGAUGAGGAAGAAAUACAAACCCUGAAAGGACUCUUUAGGAGCUUCGGGGAUGUUUUCACUGAGAAGCCAGGGGAUACACAUAUGAUUCAACACGAUAUUCGUAUCACUACAGACAAACCUGUACGAGUAAGUCCAAGACGUAUCCCAUUUGCAAUGGAAGAAACCGUAAAGGAAGAGGUAAGCAAGAUGUUAGACAUGGGUGUUAUAGAGUUGUCAGACAGUCCAUAUUCCUCUCCAAUAGUCUUGGUAGUUAAGAAGGACAACACAUUUAGGUUCUGUGUUGAUUUUAGGAAACUUAAUAGUAUCACUGUGUUCGACGCAGAGCCUAUGCCAGAUGUAGAUGCUAUGUUUGCAAAAUUGUCGGGACACAAAUUCUUUUCCAGGCUAGAUCUGUCAAAAGGGUAUUGGCAAGUACCUCUUACACAAUCUUCCCGUUCUCUCACAGCUUUUCAAACUCCUUUGGGGCUAUUUCAGUUCACUAAAAUGCCAUUUGGGUUAGUUACAGCUCCUGCAACGUUUUGUCGCCUUAUGCGCGAAGUUCUCCAUAAUAUCACAAAUGUGGAUAAUUUUAUAGAUGAUAUUUUGGUAUACACUCAGACAUUUGAGCAGCAUGUCCAAGUACUCUCCGAGGUUUUGAGGCGACUUCGGGAAGCUAACCUUACAGCCAGACCAACGAAGUGCUCAGCCGGUUAUCGGAAGCUUGAGUGUUUAGGGCACAUAAUCGGAGACGUGCUCGUCGUACACAAUACGUCUAUGCUGAGCGUCUUGCUUGUCCAAGCUGUAGUCUCAAGAUACCUCUUGGUGGGAACUGUCAUCCGGGCUCCGGAAGCUGUCUGCCAAACAGGUCGUACUAGGGACGACUCCCCAGAUACUACACCCCCCCCCCCCCUGUUUUCUCUGAAGGACGGAGAAACGGGUCUAACCAGUAAUCAAGGUGGGCGCGACACGCCCCCUCGGAGAGACUUAUCCGAGAACGCCGGAACUGAGACCUCUACCCGGUGUGGAACAGGGAUACCCUGUGACCCACACCCCCUAAACUUCUGA